UCGCCAUUUGCUUCAUGGUAUGGUAUAAGAAUGGUUUGCUUCUCCUCAUCGUUUUUUUUUUGGUAGACAGUUCCUGAUCUUUUUCAAAUUCUAUCGUUGAGGAAAUUACCACCCGCUGAGGCAUUGCAGGGAUGCUUUGUGAAGCGAAAUUGCUGAGCAUGGCCUACGAAGAAGCAGAAGAAUCGUGCCACCCGCAGUGCGAGAGGCAGGAGAGUACUGUCGGAUCUUCUUCCCGCUCUACAGGCGGCAUUGUGCAUCAUCAUCACAAUUCGUCAGAGCAAGAGGGGGGCAUGGUUGGCGAGAAUCCUCCAGAAUUCUCCCAGCUGGAGUCUUUGGAUCUGUACAAAACACAGCCAGUCAGAGAGAACUCUUCGGGAAUCCAUAUCGUUUCUCCUCGCCUGGGAGGCGACGCCACCUUCCUGGUUCCAUCCUUCUGUCAGAGCAUCUGCCAGAACUACAGCGACCUCCACAUCGGAGGAGACCAGGUACUGCCCCUGUCGGACGACAAUUUGGAUCAGGUGCACGCCGACACCGAGGCGGUGGGUCCCUUCUUGCAGUCCUGUGACGUCCCCCCGCCUGGAGAAGACUCCCCUCCGAGACGAGCUACACAGAUUGGGCUCCUGCUGUCUCUCAAGGGAGGCUCCAACCACUGGAGACAUGGAAGUGGUCGAGAUCGGAGCUUUUUCUCCCAAGGCCGCGAGGGACCCUUCACCAACUCCCUCCUGAACGGCUACCUGGAACAGAAGCUUCUGGACCUGUACCAGCAGCACAUGAUGGAGAACAUGGCCAGGAAUUCAGGCCCUGUCUGCCCCCUACUGGCCUCAGAGAUGGUCCUGACCAGCCUGGACCAGAUCACCUUGCAGCUGAGCCGGGAUGGGAAUCUGGAGGCGGGCAUGGCCAAGGACAUGGUGAUGUCAUGCCUGCUGAGGGUGGCUGGUGAAGCUGAGUCCAGCGAGAUCAGCACACCUUUCCUGCAGAUCUCCAGUGACGGAUCCAAGGAGCUCUUCAACCAGGACAAAGAGCAAUGACACUUUCUUAGAAUUAAGUAGACCAUAGUGUCAAACUCAUUAAAAUGUUAACUUUUCAAGUUGUGUCUCUGUUAUGAUUAUAUUUUUUCCAAAAGAAGCGGUUAUUUUGAAAUUGUCUGAGAAGGGGGGAUAAAAAAGUUUGGUGGAGUUGGGUAAACGAAACAUUCUGCAACUGUUUUCAUGUUCCUUUAAUGAAUGUUCAUACUGUCCUUACUGUGAGUUUUGUUUACCUACUUAACAUAUUUUGGCCACUUCCUCAGAAGAAGACCAAACAAAACUCGCCCUUGUAUCUUUGAAUAACAUGUUUCCAUGCUUGUUUGAUAUCAAGAGGAAUAAAGCAAUCC